AUGUCUGGUCAGUCGGUUGUUGGUGUGCAUUACCGAGUAGGCAAGAAAAUCGGUGAGGGCUCGUUCGGCGUCAUUUUCGACGGCACAAACUUGCUCAAUAACCACCAAGUGGCUAUCAAGUUCGAGCCUCGCAAGAGCGACGCUCCGCAGCUGCGCGAUGAAUACCGUACCUACAAAGCACUCUAUGGCUGCCUCGGUAUUCCUAAUGUCUAUUACUUUGGUCAGGAGGGCCUACACAAUAUUUUGGUCAUCGAUCUGUUGGGCCCGAGUCUCGAGGAUUUGUUCGACUGGUGUAACCGUCAGUUUUCUCUGAAAACAGUGGUUAUGGUGGCUAAGCAGAUGAUUUCUCGCGUCCAGACAGUGCAUGAGCGCAGUCUUAUUUAUCGCGAUAUCAAACCCGACAACUUUUUGAUCGGCCGUCCCGGCACGUCAACAGCUUCUCUUAUUUACAUGGUAGACUUUGGUAUGUCCAAGUUAUAUCGUGACCCCGUCACCCGUCAGCACAUCCCUUAUCGUGAGCGCAAGUCUCUUUCGGGUACUGCUCGCUACAUGAGUAUCAACACUCAUUUGGGACGCGAACAGAGCCGUCGCGACGACCUCGAAGCUCUCGGCCAUGUUUUCAUCUACUUUUUGCGCAAAGGUGGGUUGCCUUGGCAGGGCCUCAAAGCUGCAACCAACAAGCAAAAAUACGAAAAAAUUGGUGAAAAGAAACAGACUACCCCUAUCCGCGAGCUCUGCGAGGGCUUCCCCAAGCAGUUCGAAGAAUAUCUCACCUAUGUCCGCAAGCUGGGCUUUGAAGAAACGCCAGAUUACGACUAUUUGCGUGACCUCAUGACUGAGGCCCUUCGCGGCACAGGCGAGGUCGAAGAUAACGAGUACGACUGGGCCCACCUCCAGUCUGGAAACUCCGCAAAUUGGGACAGUCAGCUUCCUCGGGCCAAUCUCCACGGCUACGGUCGUCCAGGCCACCCUCAGGGCCGAUCUUCCCGUCAGCCCACGGGAAAGGCUCACCAGCCGGCUAACGCUGUCGUGCGCAGCUCAAGCCGCCGUGAUGGCGGCCGCACCGCUGCUGCAACUGCUGAUCGCACCGCCCAGGAUACAAACAACCUGCAGCCCAAUCAGCGUCAGUCAUCUACUCCGGCCACCCAGGGCGCCCCUGCUCAGGCCCCGCUCGAGUCAGCUGCUGGUGACCAGCCUAGGUACUCGCAAAACUAUCAAAACGGGGAGCAGCCUCCUCGCCAGCGCAAAUGGUAUAGUGUAUUUUGCUGCUGCGCCGACGACUGA